AUGUUACCCGACGAACCCCGCGCUCAUUCACAAACCCAACAGAUGGAGCAGUUUUACCGAGUCGGUGCGCUGUUCUAUGCCAAGGCAUGCCAUCGCGGAGGUCGGGAGAAGUUUCUUCUCGACUUCUACAUGCACGACAGGGCGCGGUGGCCGAUUCCGCGGGAGAAUUCCCAGUCCGACGAUGACUUUGCGGCCAGCGUAUAUCGUCGGGAAAUGGCUGUGCUGAACUCGUUGACUUUCCACCGCAUGACGGGCCCUAGGAUCGAGCUUCCGAUCACCUGGCACGCGAACCAAGUUCUUCGAUUGCUCGAGGGAGAAGGCGGCGUCGACCCUCCCAGUGCAAUAGUCACGACACCGCCCAGUGCUGUCCCCACCACACGGUCGGCGUACGAAGGCUUAGGUGAAUCACUGGAAGCGCCCAUUGAUCUUACUGGAGAGAGCGACCAGAGCGGCCCGUCCGACGAGGGUGACAACCCGGAAAAUCCCAUCGUCCUAUAA